AUGAAUAGGUGUGCUGCACCAACAGAGCCUCAGCGGUCUCAACAGCCCACAGGGCUCGCCAGUGGCCCCCGCGGCCCCAGCACCCCAGCACCACUACCAGUACAUCCCCAGGUCUACUACCUCGUGAUGCGCUCCAAGCUCGGGCGAGGCAUGGAUCCCGAGGAGGUCCUGGAGUACCCCAUCGCCGAGACCACGACCCGGUGGCGGGCUGUUGAGACGGUGAUCCAGAGCUACGAGGAUGAUGUGGCGCGGCGAAGUGAGGCCGCGCUCGACGAGCUAGUGGUCUGGCAGUCGUACGACCACCGCGGUAUCCGGCGCUAUCGGAUGCUCGACGGGGACGGCAUGGAAUUCCGGGUCUGGGUCGAGCUAAGAUCGGCCCCGGAGCUGGACGACUGGGUGUUUUGA